UCAACCACUGUGUUCGUCAUAGUGACGUUGUGAUCGAGCUGCUCCUCUCCCUCUCUCUCGGUUCAGAACAGCGCGUGCCUCAGAACCCUGAGAUAAACGGGUGUACGCAGCGCCGGUACCGGGACGCGGCUCCAACAGAUCAACACUUGAAGAGAGCGACAGAGUGGAAACGGUCAAACGACUAUUGAUGCGUCCUGCUCGAUUUUUUUUAAACUCUUCUUUUGUUCAUAGUGUAAUGUAGACUUCAAGGGAUUCGAUUUUUUUUUGAAGUGUAAACUUUAACAACCACUUUUUAAAUCAUAAGGGAAUCAACCCGCAAUAAUGAAUGACAUAAAACUUGCGGUUUUGGGAGACGAAGGAGUCGGGAAAUCAGCUCUCAUCGUUCGAUUCCUGACGAGGCGAUUUAUCGGUGAAUAUUCCUCAUCAUCCGAAUGCAUAUACAGGAAGCGUCUGUCUAUUGAUGGUAGACAGCUGAAUCUAGAACUCUAUGAUCCAUGCUCACAGGCCUGUGAGGGGAAGUCGACUCUGACCGACCAGAUCCACUGGGCUGAUGGCUUCGUAGUGGUCUAUGACAUCAGUGACCGCUCCUCCUUCAUCAAGGCUAAAGCCAUAGUACACCUGAUCAGAGAGUUAAACCUGGGAGUGGCCAAAAGGGAUGCAGACACUCUGGUGUUCCUGGUGGGUAACAAGCAGGACCUGUGCCACGUGAGGGAGGUGCGUCGAGAGGAAGGCCAGCGCCUGGCAGCCGAGUCCCAGACCCAGUUCUACGAGCUCUCAGCCGCAGAACACUACCAGGAAGUGGUCCUCAUGUUCUCGAAGAUGGUCCACAACGCCAGCCUUGGGGGCAAGGCCAAGGAGAGGAGACGGAGACCUAGUGGCUCCAAGUCCAUGGCCAAACUCAUCAAUAAUGUCUUCGGGAAGCGGAGGAAAUCGGUGUGAAAGGGGAGAUGGGAAAGGUCAAGUGUUUACCCCAGGCCUAAAGAAGCCUUGUUACUUCGUUACUCCCCUUGGGACUGUUGUUGAACGGUGAAAGGGAUUGUGGGAAAAGGUCGAUAACGUUGAACGGACCCACCACCGACAACAACAUGGGCUUCACCUACUUUACUUGCUGUUGCUAUUAUUAUUGUUGAUCAUGAAAAGAGUCAAUAAUAAUUAGACCUCCACUCCUCUGGUUGCCAACCACCAAGGACAGCUCUAUGUGGUAUAAAUGGUUCUGCACUUAGAACAGAGCUUAGUGGACUGAUAGGACUGCUGCUGCUUACAGACUUUCUGACUCGUGCUUACCAUACUUGCUACUGUGUGUGUGUGUGUGUGUGUGUGUGUGUGUGUGUGUGUGUGUGUGUGUGUGUGUGUGUGUGUGUGUGUGUGUGUGUGUGUGUGUGUGUGUGUGUGUGUGUGUGUGUGUGUGUGUGCGUGCGUGUAAAUGACACCACAGGGAGACUCCAUUAUUAUCUAUGUAGAGAAAAUGAUAGCACAGGGGAGACUCCCUUAUUAGCUAUGUAAAGUAUAUCACCACAUGGGGAGACUCCAUUAUUAGCUAUGUAAAGUGAAUGACACCACAGGGAGACUCCAUUAUUAGCUAUGUAACGUAAAUGACACCACAGGGAGACUCCAUUAUUAGCUAUGUAAAGUAAAUGACACCACAGGGAGACUCCAUUAUUAGCUAUGUAAAGUAAAUGACACCACAGGGAGACUCCAUUAUUAGCUAUGUAAAGUAAAUGACACCACAGGGAGACUCCAUUAUUAGCUAUGUAAAGUAAAUGACACCACAGGGAGACUCCAUUAUUAGCUAUGUAACGUAAAUGACACCACAGGGAGAGUCCAUUAUUAGCUAUGUAAAGUAAAUGACACCACAGGGAGACUCCAUUAUUAGCUAUGUAACGUAAAUGACACCACGGGGAGACUCCAUUAUUAGCUAUGUAAGGUAAAUGACACCACGGGGAGACUCCAUUAUUAGCUAUGUAAAGUAAAUGAUACCACGGGGAGACUCCAUUAUUAGCUAUGUAACGUAAAUGACACCACAGGGAGACUCCAUUAUUAGCUAUGUAACGUAAAUGACACCACAGGGAGACUCCAUUAUUAGCUAUGUAAGGUAAAUGACACCACAGGGAGACUCCAUUAUUAGCUAUGUAACGUAAAUGACACCACAGGGAGACUCCAUUAUUAGCUAUGUAACGUAAAUGACACCACAGGGAGACUCCAUUAUUAGCUAUGUAAGGUAAAUGACACCACAGGGAGACUCCAUUAUUAGCUAUGUAAAGUAAAUGAUACCACGGGGAGACUCCAUUAUUGGCAUGGAGGUUGUUUUGGGCGGGGGGAGAUUAUUUCUGUGGUUACUGUGGUUUCCAUGGAAAGGUAAUGUAUCAUAAAAUAAUGAAUGUCUGUCUGUUUAGUUCCAUCUUCAUGUUGUUAAUUGUUCCCUGGAAUAAAGUCUGAAUUAUAAACUCAUAAAAUAAUGUAAAACUAUAAUAAACA